GGUAAUUUCAGGUUUGGUCCCGCACAGUUUGCGAUAUCGUGCAAGCUCAAUUAGAAGUCUGGUGGAACGUGGUACCUGUUCGUUUCAUGCUAGACCCGGUCGUGCUGCCUCUCAUUCAUUCAAGAAGGGUGAAAGCUGUCCCAGUCUCGUUUUGCGUGACGCAACUGUAUGGAGUGGACGACGUCUCCACACUUUGGCACUCUUCAGCUCCCAUGGUGCUGCCAGCUGGCUUGAAACUCUCUCCCUUUAAUACUAUUGGAGCUAAAUUGGUAGUGCCACUACCGUUGCUGCCCAAUGAGUAUCCUGAAGAUGAUGUUAUAACUUUGAAAACAGGAAUGGACGAGUGGUCUGUGAACUGCCGCGUGACACGCGCAUGCGCGACACGACACCCAGGUUUAACUCCAGCGCGCCAUUGGCUGGGAGUUGUCGUGCCUGGAGCCAAGAUUUGUGCCAAAAUGGAAAUCUUCAACGAUACCCACCAGGAUAUCUGCUGGUGGGCAAGUCCGUACCGCUGGACGGGCGAGAAUCCGCCAAGCAAAGCAUGCGCGCAGGCCGAUCAAACAUGUGAUUUAUGUCUCGAACGCGCUUGCACAUGCUCUCUACUCAGACCUAGUAGAGGAAGUUUGACUCACAACAAGCGCUCCAGGAUCGAAUACCACGUCCAUGCGCCUUUGACGGACCGCAUCGUAGCCACACUGGUGAAACUGACCCGCACAGCUCCUGACACGGCAAGAAUACCGGGCGCUCCGGCCUGCAAUUCAAGGGCCACCUUGCUGGCUUACCGGGUCGUUGCGCCCCGUCUGGUGUUAGAAGUAUUUCCUUGCGGUGGUGACAAGAAGGGCGAUUGCGAAGCGUGCGACCUGGACCCUGGCGUGAAUAUCCAAGGCUGCGCCUUGUUGCGACCCAGCCGAGUAUUGACUCCUUGCUGCUGCUCAUGCUACAAGCUGCGGAUAACUAAUACUACGCCCAUAGCCACCACUGUGCGUUGGGAGGCACCCCUUGAAGGCGAAGAAUAUCUCAGAGUGAAGUUUUUGCCGAACGAUUUCGAAAUUGGAAGUUACAACGAAAAACUAAUAUCGGUAAUUUUGGAGCCUCGAGGAGUGUGCAGGCGCAGAUUGUUCGUGUUUAGAGCGAAAGUCGCGCAUGCGUACAAGCCGCUUUAUCUUCUCAUCGACACUGCUAUAGAUGGUGUUCGAAUAAUCUGCGAAGUGCCUCUGGGUGGAGGUGAGAGGAACAAUUCCAUCAUUGCUCUUCGCGGAAUACAGAGGGAGACAAAUCCAUGGGACAACACUAACAAACCCACUACGCCAGACGAGUGUUUUGAGGCCGAAGACCACAAGAGAGCCAUAGUGCAAGAAAAUAUAUGUCACUGCAAAUUUGAGUUGAAGUAUAUUCCAUCGGUAAAACCUCUUCGACCGCCGUCGUCCGUACCCUCUUCUACAGAAAUAGUGACUUCGCCUCCAUCGUUGACGAGAGUUUGCGAGUGUUUCGGCAAGACAAAACCAGUAGUCCCUGCUAAUGAAGAAUCCUGCUGCUUACAGUUCAGAAGCAUUCCUAUAAAAACAGUAAGAGCUCGGAGGCUGACCCUUCGCAACGAUGGCAAGGUGACGGCACGAUGGCGGAUGGUGGUCCGACGCUGGCCACGCCAAAAAAAUCGAGUGGCCACUAUAGACGCAUUAACUUUUGGAGGCGACCGAUGGGCGGGCGACGUGCGAUCGCCGGGCGUUGCGAUUCAGUGUACCCCAGCUAAAGGAAUCUGCAUGGUCGGUCAGAGCGUGGACAUAUUUGUGCAGGUGUACGCGGACUGUUGGGGGCUAUACUAUGACCAGAUCAUGCUGAUGGUGGAGCACGUAGAACCCAUCGUUGUGGACGUGUGGAUUGAGGUGGUUGGGCCGGUACUCCAGUUUGCUACUCACUGUACGGUGCAGGAAUUUGAAUCCACUAUGUGGUUAUCAACAUCGGAUCCGCAGCGCACGCUGCGAGUGAAGAACACAUCGCGUUCUCAGCUUACCGUACAUGCUUAUACACUUCUAGAACAUGAACACUUUCAAGACACUUUGUCCUUCCGACUGUACAUGCGGUUCACGGAUAAUUUGAAGCCCAUCUGUCCUUGUUCCAAAAAUGCUUCUAGCGAUUCUUUAGCUACUAACGAGGAAUCUUCCACGUUUUCGGACAAAAUGGAUACUGGUAUUGAGGUAUACUUAGCAGAAGACUACGGACUACAGGUCAAGGAAUAUUAUAAGGUGGAGCCACAGGUUUGUUCAGUGGCGCCUGGAGAAUGGAAGGAGUGGCGUGUGAGUUUGAGCCCCUUGAUAGGGGGUGAGACUGCGCCACCUGGAAUGGUGUUGCUAAGAACUAUUCCAGUUGACGACCGAGGGAACUACUGGUUCCGCUGGGAGCCAGCACCAGCGCGGGUGGGCGUCCGACAAGCGCCGCGUGCGGCUGUCCUACGUCUGUCGUGCAGCGAGGUGCGCGCGCAUAUGUGCGCGCUAGAACUACAUUACAAUGAAAUUGCUAGGCAAGUCUUUAGUAUUAGAUAA